AUGCAAUGGGCGGAUUCCAUGGCAGAAUCUGUGGAAACGGGUGAAAAAAAGUUCGCUUUUUUUCGCGGGCAUUUUAGCUUCCCGGUGACGUCACGCAAGACCCACCCCUUCCUUGAAGCCCGCCCUCCCCGGGUGUAUGUGGGCAGUAUGAGGACUGAAGAAAUGAUGGAAGGAAAUAGUAGUCUCUGUGUCCCUGAAGAAGAAAAUAUGGCCCCUUCUGUAGAAGAAGAAAGUAUGACUGAGGUGGAAAUUAAGCAAGACAAAGGAGAUAGUAGCCAUGCAGAGAAUACAGAAAAUUGCCCUGAUAUGUACAGAUAUAUCAAAGGAGAUUUGUUUACAUCAGAGAUUUAUAAAGUAGAAAUUCAGAACCUUCCAAAAUAUAUUGGCUUUAAUGAUGUAAAGAAAUUUCUUGCCAAAUAUGGACUUAACCCUCAUAAGAUAAAACUUUUUGGGAAACAAACUUUUGCAUUUGUGACAUUUAAAAGUGAGGAGGAAAGGGACAAAGCUGUGAAAGUCCUUCAUGGAGUCAUGUGGAAGAGCAGAUAUUUGAGUGUUAGGCUCGCAAAGCCUAAAGCUGAUCCCAUUGUAAAAAAGAGGAAGAAAGAAGUGGAGGACACUGAACAGAGAGAAGCAAAGCGUCUAGCUUUAGCAAAAGACAGUGAAGAGGAGUCUCUCAGUAAACAGAUAGCAGAUGUGGUGACGCCUUUAUGGAAUAUACCAUAUGAAGAACAGCUGACAAAGAAGAAGCAAGAGUGUGAACAAGUGCUGCAGAAACUGACAAAGGAAAUAGGAAACAACAACAAAGCCCUGUUACCGUGGUUGUUUGUACAGAAGCAGAAGUAUAAUAAAAUCUGUUGCCCACUAGAGGGAGUGAAAGCAUCACCAUUACAGACUGAAUACCGCAACAAAUGUGAAUUUUUGAUUGGAAUGAGUUUAAAUCAAGAAGACAAAACUGUGGGUUGUCGCCUUGGCAAAUACAAGGGUGGAAGCUGUGCUGUAGUGGAACCAUUUGAGACUAUUCACAUUCCUGCUGUUGCCAAAAAGGUAGUGAAGGCUUUUCAAGACUACAUAAGGACAACCCCUUACUCAGUGUACAGCCUGGAAACCUACGAAGGUCACUGGAAACAGCUCACGGUCCGCACCAGCAAAAAUGGUCAUAUCAUGGCAAUUGUUUAUUUUAAUCCUCAGAAAUUAAGUAAAGAAGAGCUUGUUGACCUGAGAACCUCACUGGCAAAAUACUUUACAGAAGGAACUGGAAAGGAGAGUGGGGUCACCUCUCUUUACUUUGUAGAGGAAGGGCAGAGAAAAUCACCCAAUCGUGAAGACUUGCCCUUACAACAUUUGGCUGGUGAUAAGUACAUAUAUGAAGAGCUUCUUGGUCUAAAGUUUAGAAUUUCCCCCCAUGCAUUUUUCCAAGUAAAUACACAGGCUGCAGAGGUUCUCUAUAAAGCCAUUAGAGACUGGGCCCAGCUGAACCAAGAUAGCACUGUACUUGAUAUUUGCUGUGGAACAGGAACAAUUGGAAUUUCACUGGCAAAGAAAGUGAAGAAAGUUAUUGGAAUCGAACUCUGUCAAGAAGCUGUGGAGGACGCCAAAGUGAAUGCUCAAAUUAAUGAUCUGAAUAACAUUGAAUUUCAUUGUGGAAAGGCUGAAGACAUUGUUCCUUCUUUAAUUAACUUAUUAGCUUCACACAACCUGAUUACAAUUGUAGAUCCACCUCGGGCAGGACUACAUUCUAAAGUCAUUCUUGCAAUCCGAAGAGCUGAACACUUGAAGAAGCUCAUCUAUGUAUCCUGCAAUCCCAGAGCUGCCAUGAACAACUUUGUGGAUCUUUGUCGGGCCCCCUCCAAUCGAGUCAAAGGAACCCCUUUCCGUCCAGUUAAAGCAAUGGCAGUGGAUCUGUUCCCUCAGACUAUGCACUGUGAGCUGCUGAUAUUCUUUGAAAGGGUAGAACAUUCAAAUGGAAACUCUACUGAAGCAAGCCCUGACACAGCUCAGGUCAUGAAUGCAAAUGCAGCAGAUUCUACCCAGGAUGGCAGCAUUGACCCACCUGAAGAGAAAGUAGGAACUCUGUCUUCCACCUAAUGUUGUGGUAGGCCGGGCAGUUUGUGCACAUGCAUAUAUAUUAUAUAUACUCAGGCAACCAUCUUAACCUAUUGAUUUCCUUCUAAGAGGUAGAAGUUACUUUUGAUAGUUAAAGAAUGUUGCAGUUUGAGGAAUCAGCAGAAACAACAUAGUAAUUACCUGACUUCCAACUGAUGAAGGCUUUCAGUUAAGUAUAGUGACAGCAGCAUUUUUCAACUCAGUGAACAAAGAUUAGUUUAACUUCAAGAUGCUUAAAACAAUCCAGUUCCUACAAGGAAAACAACCUUAUUACAGACAACUUGAAUCAAAACCUGCUAUUUUCACUUGUGCACACGUACUCCUGAAAGAUGUCCCAAUGCCUUCAAUGUAAGGCCAGCAUGACUUGAACUGAAUAUUUUGCAUGUUCUUCAUAAAAUUACUGUCCAGGUAUAAUACUAGGAGUCAGACGUGGAUUCCCUCCAAAAGUUGAGUGAUUGUAGAGUUGCUUUUUAUGCCCAAGAAAUUUUUUUUGUUUGAAAAUAGUAUGGAAGAUGAGUGAAAUAGCUGAUAGCGAACAUCAUUUAAUGCCCAUGUGGCAGAUGGGCAAUUCUAUUGAACAGGAGACUUUUGCUUUGCAGACCAGUUUAAAUAAAUUUGAUUUUUAAAAGAC